AUGUAUCGAAGUUUAUUUUGGCCAAUUAUUAAAUUACAAUUCCGUUGUGUAGUUGCAAUAUUUUCUAAUCAUUUUUCAAUUCCUCUACAACAAAUAUGUUUUAAUAUGGAACAUCAUAUACAGGAUCAACAAUUUCGUUCUCAAUUUGAUUUACCAAAAGAAAUUCUUUCUACAAAUACAAAUGAUACUACUAUACCAACACAAAAUCAAACUGAAUUAAUUGUUGAUGAAAUGAAUUCUAUAUGUAAAGAAGUCAAUAAUGAUCGUUCAAUUGCUGAUGCUAUUUUUCGUUCACUUAAUGAAAGUAAAUGGACAUUUGAACGAAUAUUAAAAGGUAAACCAUGUGAUGGUAUUGUACAUGGUCAAGCACAAUUUAAUAUUUCACAAUCAAAUGAACUUAUUUAUAAAGAACAAGGAAAAUUAAUUUUAUCAUCAGAAAAACAAUUUGAUAUAACACAAAAAUAUAUUUAUGUUUAUAAUAAAAAUGAAGAUGUUAUAAAUGUUUAUUUUGUUGAUAAUAAUACUAAUAAACGUUCUUUAAUAUUUCAUACGAUUUAUUUUCAAUCAAAAAAUUUCUUAUCUAAUGAAUGGAUUGCAAAUGGUCAACAUUUAUGUAAUCAAGAUUAUUAUUUUGUUUCUUAUUUAUUUGUAUUUAAUCAAAUAAAUUUAUCACGUUUUGAAAUAAUAUAUACAGUUAAAGGUCCAACAAAAGAUUAUAUUUCUAAAACUAUUUUUCAACCAUUGAAAAAUUAA